UCUCCCUCUCUCUCUCUUUCUCUCCUCCUCCAGCCUGAGAGUAUUACUAAACCAUAAUCUCUCUCUCUCUCUCCUCUCUCUGUCCUCCUCCAGCCUCAGAGCCCAACCUGAAGGUGAAGUCUAGACUGAAGCAGAAGGUAGCAGAGAGGAGGAGUAGUCCACUGCUGAAGAGGAGAGACAGCAACGUCAUGACCCCCUACAAGAAGAGGGCCCUAGAAAUGAUGGGUACAACUUAUUCUACAGCCACUAACAGUGCCCCAGGCUCAGGACCCAGCUCUCCCAUCGGAGCCUCCAGCGCCCUGGGGGCCGAGAACGGGCCCUCCUCUCUCCCCACCACCACAAAAACCGAGCGCUGGCCAUCACAGCCCAGGUUAUUUCGUCCAGAGGGCUCCAUGUCCAACCUUCUGAGCUUAUACACGUCUCCCUCCUUACCCAACAUCACCUUGGGCCUCUCCGCCACCUCCUCCCAGAUCAGCGCUGCCAUCGGGCUGAAGGAGAAGACUGGGGAGGUCAGGCAUGGUCUACCAGGGCAGCUCCUGGGGCCUGUGCCCAUGCCCACAGUGACCUCCAUGGAGACCAAGGUGUCCCCCAGCCAUCAGGCCCUGCUCCAACACCUCCUUCAGAAGGAACAGAUAAGACGGCAGAAGAUCCUCUCCUCCUCUGGUCAAGGCUCCGUGCCCGCCCACCCCCACUCCCCUCUGGCCAUGAAGGACAGGCCCUCCUCCAACAGCAGACCCAAGCUGCCCAAACACCGGCCCCUGAACCGGACCCAGUCAGCCCCUCUGCCCCAGAGCACCCUGGCUCAGCUGGUCAUCCAGCAGCAACACCAGCACUUCCUGGAGAAGCAGAAACAGUACCAGCAGCAGAUCCACAUCAAUAAGCUGCUGUCCAAGUCCAUCGAGCAACUCCGUCAGCCCAGCUCCCUGGUCAACCCACACCUGCAGGAGUCAGAGGAGGAGGAGGAGGACAACACCCGGAGGCUGGAGGAUGAGAGGAUGGACAUGCAGGAGGACAGGAUGCCCCCUGGUGGCGUGAUCCAGAAACACACCCUUCGCUCCAGCAGCAGCAGUGGCAGCAAUGGCUCUCUCGGGGAGCUGUCCGCCAUCGUCGAGGCCCACCACCGCCUGGGGGUCAUAAAGGUCAAAGAGGAGCCAAUCGACAGCGAGGACGAGUCUCUGUCCAAUCAGAGCCUAGUGGCGGAGCAGAGUGCCUCACUCCACCAGGUCAAAGGUCAGCUGGUGAUAAGAGCCAUGAUCUGAGGGGGGCAGAAGAUGAAGGAAAUCACACACUGCGACAUUCAGAGACGCAUACGUACACACACACACACACACACACACACACACACACACACACACACACACACACACACACACACACACACACACACACACACACACACACACACACACACACACACACACACACACACACACACACACACACAGAGCCGACUAGGACUCCCCAGGCAGUCCUCUCCCUGCCCUGAGAUGUGACGCUGUCUCAGUGAAGUGCAGCCGCACCCCAAACCCCCACCAGACUGACUCUCUGUUUGUGAACUUUGUGAAGUGAUCUGUAAUGUUAAGUAUGUUUCACCGUGCUGUAUAUAACAUGAAGAGAAGAUUUACUAGAAGAAUGAUCCUUCUUUUUUUACUUCUAAGGAACUGCUUUGAUUGUUUUCAGGUUCUGCUCAAUUGACAGAACGUAAUAUGUAUACAGUAGAUUUAGGGUAAGAGAAUAUUCUAGAAGGGAGGGAAAGUUUAACCGUUGUACAGUUUAUGAAUGCCAUUUUAUGUUCCCAUAGUGUAACAUUUAUGCCAUCAAUUCACUUCAACUUUGACUUGCUGACUGUUGUUGUUUUAUUCAAAAAGAAAAAGUAAAACGUCAUAUUCUCCGUCGUUCUCCAAAAAGCUGUGAUGUUCUGUGUUCAGCGGUCUCUGAAAAUGACAUGAAAAUAAGGAAGCCUGCUCAUGUCUGUAUGAGAGAGAAUGUAUUGUUCAACCUUAACACAACACAGCCCACCCUUACGACUGACUACAGCCAGCCUACACUGGGAAUGAGACUGUUUAUUGAUGUACAGUACUGCAGAGUGGAGGAGAAAAUGCUAAAUCAGUGGAUGGAUGGAUGGAUGGAUGGAUGGAUGGAUAUAUGGAUGGAUAUAUGGAUGGAUAGAUGAUGGAUGGAAAUAUGGAUAUAUGGAUGGAUAGAUGAUGGAUGGAUAGAUGAGGGAGGGAUGGAUGGAUGAUGGAUAGAUGAUGGAUGGAUGGAUAGAUGAUGGAUGGAUGGAUGGAUGGAUGGAUGGAUGGAUAGAUGAGGGAGGGAUGGAUGGAUGAUGGAUGGAUGGAUGGAUAGAUGGUGGAUGGAUAGAUAUAUGGAUAUAUGGAUGAUGGAUGGAUAUAUGGAUGGAUGGUAUAUGAUGAAUGGAUGGAUAUAUGGAUAUAUGGAUGGAUGGAUGGAUGGAUAGAUGAUGAAUGGAUGGAGGGAUGGAUGGAUGGAUAUAUGGAUAGAUGAUGGAUGGAUAGAUGAUGGAUGGAUGGAUGGUGCAGGCAGUCAGCGCCAUCAGACCAUAGGACCAGGUCUGCUUCUCAAAUGGGCAUCCCAUAGGCCUCAGGUUAAAAGUUCUGUGCUAUAUAGGGAAUAAAGCAAGAACAAAACAACAAAAUCAUCCUGGUUUGCCACGGCCCUGUGUUGAGAUGCCGUGUCAUCCUAAUCUUCCUCAUCUUCCUCUUCCUCGACCUCCUCUUCCUUCUCUUCCUCCUCCUCCUCCCCUCUGGGUCCAAACCAAAGCUCAGCCAGGUUCCUGCCCAACUUUCAGCAGAGAAAUCACUAACAGUGAGAAGGAGAGAGAAAGAGAGGGAGAGAAGGAGCGAGAGAGAGAGAGAGAAGGAGAGGGAGAGAGAGAGAAAUAGAAGAAGAGAAAUAGCGAGAGAGGGAGAGAGAGAGAGAGAGAGAUAGGAGCGAAAGAGAGAGAGAGGAGAGUGAGAGAAAGAGAGAGAGAGGAGAGAAAGAGAGGGAGAGGAGAGGAGAGAGAGAGAGGAAGAGAGAGAGAGAAAAGUAGAGGGAGAGAGAGAGAGAAAGAAGGAGAGGAGAGAGUAGAGGGCGGGCAGGAAAUGCCUUCUAGAAGCCAGGAGUCGGAAUGAUUCAUGUGUGCAGGAAUGUUAAGGGAGAGGAGGACCCAGGGUUGUAGGAGUCCAAGGGGCCAGGCUUGAGAAUUGAUUUACUGUCAAGGCGAAUUACAAAGCGAGUGGGGAUAUGGUUAAGGGAGACCCUUUUUAAAGGGAAUCGCUUCCUUCAUACUCCCCAGUGACAUGCUUACCUCCACACGCAGGUUUGAUGUUACUUCAAUAAAAUAAAAAACAAAAUGGGACCUCUCUCCUUCUCCCCAACCCCCACCCCUAACUCCCUCUUGAAAUUGCCCCAUGCAACAUGUCGACUCUGGACUUAAAGUGGUCAAUCAAUGUAGAGAUGUAACUUUUUUUCCUGUUUCGUUUGUCUUGUCAAUGUAUAAAAUGUUAGUAUGGGGUUCUGUGUUUGGGUUCCUGUGAAAGACAAACUAUGUCUGUCAGUCUGUCUGUCUGCCUGUCUGACUCAUACUGUACAUUUAGCUCAACCUAUUCUAAUGUUUCUAGUGUAAAAAUCACUUUCAAUCGGAACAAUGUCAGUCUUGUUCCCUUGCUUCUUUGAUUGGGUUGUAACGGGGCCCCUUCUCUACCCGUGGGGGGUCCCUGGAUUCUGUUCAUAGCUGUUUGCGUUUGUUCUCUUUUUUUUCUGCCUUGUUCUACAAACCUUUCUUUUAUAAAAUAAAGUUAAUUCCCCUACUGUGCAA